AUGGAUAAUUUGUCCGAAUUUAAAGCGAGUGACGGUUGGCUGCGUAAUUUUAAGGCUCGGCACGGCAUUCGAGAGCUCGAUUUGUGUGGAGAAAAGCUUUCUGCCGAUAAUACUGCAGCAGAAAAGUUUAUUGAGGAAUUUAAAACGAAAAUUGAAAAUUACGAUCCUGAAUUUGUUUUUAAUGCGGAUGAAACAGGCCUCAAUUGGAAGGCACUACCUCGUAAAACUUUAGCUUCAAAGAGAGAAACAAGUGCUCCUGGUCACAAAGUUAGCAAAGAUCGCGUGACAGUUCUUACUUGUGCCAAUUCAACAGGCAAUCAUCGGCUUCCAUUACUCUUAAUUGGCAAAUCCAAAAACCCAAGAGCUUUUAAAAACGUUAAAAAGCUUCCAGUUGUUUAUAAAAACCAAAAUAAAGCAUGGAUGACUUCUGCAUUGUUUACGGAAUGGUUUGAUGACGUUUUUAUUCCAGAUGUUAAAAAGUAUCAAAAGAAAAUAAAUAAAAAGGGGAAUGUAUUGCUUUUGCUGGACAAUGCACCUACUCAUCCUUCAGAAAGUUUACUUGAGAGAGAAAAUGGUCGUUUCAAAGCUCUUUUUCUGCCACCUAAUGUGACCAGUUUGCUGCAACCUAUGGAUCAAGGCAUCAUUGAAUGCAUGAAACGACUUUACAAAAAACAACUGCUUCGUAAGCUACUGUUAGCCGAUGAAAAUGAAGAAGGUACUCUAAUAUAUCAUAAAAACAUUAACAUAAAAGAUUGCUGCUACAUGGUAGCUGAUGCAUGGACUUCCGUAAAGGCGAUAACUUUGAAGAGGGCUUGGAAUAAAAUAAAUGGAAUUUCAACACAACAGCAAAUACAGGAAGAAAAAGAAAAUGCAGAAUUGAAGAACAACGAGGAAAGUGAUAAAGAUACUGAUUCAAUGUCUACGGAAAACCUGCAGAAUAUGAUUACAAAAGUUCCAGGCUGUUCCGAGUGCAAUGUAGAGGAUAUCGAAGAUUGGUUACAUUCUGAUUCAAUAGAUCCUGGGUUCCAAUUAUUGAGUGACGAUGAAAUUAUUCAGAGUACAAAAGAAGAAUCAUACCCAGUGGACACAGAAGAUGACAAUGAUUCUACAUUUGAAUUAGAAGCUGGACCUUCUGCAAAUGACGAUAAUGAAGACAUGGUGGAAAAGAGCUCUGACAGCGACUCUGACACCAAAGAUGACGAAAAGCCGACAACAUCCAAAGUAGCAGCGGCGGCCAAUGAGAUUGCCAAAACGCACCUGACUAUGGCACUUAUUGAUCCUGGUAACCCGCUGGGGCAAAUGUCGCAGGAGCAGUGGAAAACAGUGGAACUGAAGCUGUUGGAAGCUCUUUUCGCAAGAAUUUACGCGGAUCCGGACGCAUCUAUGCCUACAUUCGAGGGAGCAGGAUUGUUCAGCGGCUUUAAAAUCAUAAGUAAGUUUAAGUACGACCCCUCUCUCACUUGGGUUAAGGAAUCUGUGAAGAAGCUUCAAGGCCUGUGGGUAGGGGCCGCACUUGUGAUAGUGAAUCGCAGCUGUGUACCGUCGAUACCAAAGGCGAAGGUGUAA